CAUGUACGAAGGGAACGUUUUGCUGCAUUUUUACAGGUUAGAAACACUAGCGCUAAGCGUAAAAAAUAUCAACUAAAAUCGACAUUUUCUGACGUUUUUCUAGAUCGUUAUGUGGGGGUUGUUUUAAAAAUCAAAAAAAUCAGAACUCUUUAAUGGGUCGACGAAGUAGGUCAAAAUCUCCUUAUGGAAUUGCCAGAAGACGGGAUAGAGAAAGGGAUAAAGAAAGGGACAGGGACAGGGAGAGAGAUAGAGACAAGGAACGACACAGAAGGAAAAGGUCUAGAGAUAGGUCGAGGGAAAGGGAGAGAAGACGUCACUCGCACGAAAGACGGAGAUUUUCCCGUUCCAGAUCAAGAAGUCGAUCUCGGUCUUUGGACAAAAGGGGUAAAUUACUUCCAGAAAGGCCCGCGGUAACGGCUGCUGAUUUAGAAGGUAAAAGCCAGGAUGAACAAGAAAUGAUGAAGCUUAUGGGAUUUUGCAGUUUUGACACAACAAAAGGGAAAAAAGUUGAAGGGAAUGAUGUUGGAGGUGUUCAUGUCAUAUUAAAAAGAAAAUAUAGACAAUACAUGAAUAGAAAAGGUGGUUUUAACAGGCCAUUGGAUUUUGUUGCAUAGGAUCAUCAUGGGAGUAAUUUUCCAUAUAAUGAACAACCACUACUUACCUCAACUUUGGAUUUAUACUGCAGAAAUGAUCUGGUAAAUAUUGAGAUAACCUACAUGAUUAGUUGGGCAUUGUGAAUCUAUUGGAAAGUAGGUACCUUUUAUAUAGUUGUUAAUUUUGUUGCAGACUAUUGUUAUUUUCAUUUCUUGAAAACUAAUUUGAUGAUACUUGAGCUAGGGAAUAAUGUUAUAUGAAUUUUAUACACAUAAAAGUUUUGUUCGACUUAUUUGUGGCUGCAGCAAUCGAUACAGUUGUUCGAAACUGUAGCAUCUAGAGGAAUUGAUUUUGAAAUUAUGUUUAAAUUUGCAGUGUAACUUCCUUUUACUAAGUAUUGUUUUUAAACAAUACCAUUUCUAUACCUCACAUUUUAUUCAGGUUUCCACAUAUUGUUAAAAUUUCUGUAUAUAUGCAAUAGACACGGGUUGUUCAGUUGUAUUUUUUCACACACAUUUUAUUUCUACCCUAAUAAUGUUAGUACCUAUAGGUUUAUAGAUUUAACAAUUAUUUGUAAUUUUAUAAAUAACUAAAUAUACAGAUAAUUUGUUUUG